UGUGCGUGUGUGGGCUAGGUUCAUCUUCUUGUGGGUCUUGGACCACUCCAUCUCUCUUUAUAAGGAGCACUCUCCUUCUGUGUCUUCUCACUUCAGGACUAGCACCUCUUCUUCUCCCAGAAAGGCUCAAGAAGAAAAGCAAAACUCCAUAGCUAGUGAAGUAAAAAUGAAGAUGAGCAGAGCAACUGUGGAAGGAUCCAAGAAGAAGAUGCCAUGCAGAAGGCUUGGAGGCUACCUUAGAGAACAGAAAGGAAGGCUCUAUAUUAUCAGAAGGUGCAUAGUCAUGCUUGUUUGCUGGCAUGACUAGAAUUAAUCCAAGAUUUUAAAUUCCUAUUAUCAUCUCAUCACCAUCACCAUAUAUAAUCCAUGAAGUUGAAGCAGAUUAAGAUCUAUUUCAUUUCUGGAAGGCUUGCAUUUGCAUGGAGCCAUCAGCAAGCCAAGCUACUUACUAUCUUAAUGUUUCUUCUGCUGGAAAUGUAAAUAGAAAAGAGAAAUGAUGGCUAGACAAUUGCUCUCUUUCAUAUAUUAAUUAGCUUGUUGCUCGAAAUUAAAUGGUUUAAAAAUCAAGUUUCAAGAAUUAAUGUAUUUGAUGUAUUCCAUCUUCAGUCCAUAAGUGUUGGAGCAGCUUUUCUUA